UCAAACCAUUUCACAACUAUAUCAAACACCUUCAUCAUCAAAUCAAUCAUCAAACACUCUACACACAAAACCUCCUCUAAUUCCUUUGAUCCCUGUUCAUAAUCCUAAGUAAAACCUUCUUAGUUUUGAUUUCCACCAGUUUUUUCCCUUCUGCGUUUUCGCUCUUUUUCCAUCAAUGGAUCAAGAAAUUGAUGUUCCUUCAUUUUUCAUCUGCCCCAUUUCUCUGGAAAUCAUGAAAGACCCCGUCACAAUUACAACCGGGAUAACCUACGACCGGGAGAGCAUCGAGAAAUGGCUAUUCUUGAGCAAGAACAACACCUGCCCCGUCACCAAACAAGUGGUUUCGGACUCUGACAUCACCCCAAACCACACUCUCCGCCGGCUGCUCCAAGCUUGGUGCACCUUGAACGCUUCUCACGGCAUCGAGCGGAUCCCUACUCCGAAGCCGCCUGUCAGCAAAACCCAGAUCGCCAAGCUCUUCAGAGAAGCCAAAAAGUCUCCACAGUGCUUGUCGAAAUGCCUUAGAGAGAUCCGGUCCAUGGCGUCCCACAGUGAAGCCAACAAGAGAAGCAUCGAAGCCGCCGGCGCAAGCGAGUUCUUGUCUUCCAUGAUCAUCAACAACGUCAGAAACAACAACAAUGUUGAAAGCGAAGAAGCUUUGAGCAUCCUCUACAACCUCAAUCUCAGCGCAGACGCACUCAAAACAUUUGUAGGCAAAGAAGGGGAGUUUAUCGAGGCCUUGAUCAAGCUCAUGCAACGUGGAAGCUACGAGUCUCGAGCUUAUGCAGUGAUGUUAUUCAGAUCAAUGUUCGAGGUGGCUGACGACCCAAUGAAGAUGACAAACUUAAGACCUGAAUUCUUCAUCGAAGUCGUUCAGGUCUUAAAUGAUCAGAUCUCACAGCAGGCCUCAAAAGCCACAUUGCAGCUGCUCAUCAAGCUCUGCCCUUGGGGACGAAACCGAGUCAAGGCCGUCGAAGCCGGGGCGGUUAAAGUCUUGAUCGAGCUUCUCCUUGAUACAUCUGCAGACAGGAGGACCUUGGAUGUGAUUUCGAAGAAGAUAAUGAGAGUUUCGAAGGUGGGGAGCGAGAGGGCUGUGAGGAUUUUGUUCUCCAUUUGCAAGUUCUCGGCGACCCCGAGUGUUUUGCAGGAGAUGAUGCAACUGGGUGUUGUGGCAAAGCUGUGCUUGGUGCUUCAAGUGGACAGUGGGAGCAAGACCAAGGAGAAGGCCAGAGAGAUCUUGAAAUUGCAUGCAAGGACAUGGAAGAACUCUACUUGUAUACCAAGCAGUUUGGUUUCUUCUUAUCCUUCAUAGAGAUUGAGAAAGAAGUGCGGCUUUCUCUAUAUAUUUUCAGUAAUUUUCCAUUUUUGUGUACAUAUUGGAUAGUUGGUUAUGAUAAAAAUAUAUAUACAGAUUAACGGGCAAGUCCCUUAAAUGUUUGAUCACAUUCGUAUGGAUUUUGUUCUGUUUUGGUUCAUGGU